AUGGCUAGUGAACGAUGGAAGGACGAUGUCGCAUACGCGAUAACCCCUUUUAAAUUGGUAGCGUGGUCCAUUGGUAUCUGGCCAUUUCAAGUUCAUAAUAUUUAUUCGCUGAUACGAUAUGUCGUAGGCAUUUCUGGUCCGGCCUUCAUGCUUAUCAAAUCUAGUUUCGAGGUUUAUUUGGGCUGCACUGACGCGGAGACAAGCGUAGAUUGUCUCAUGUUAAUCUGUUGCGCAAUACUUGGUGUGCUGAAGGCGAUAUGGUUUCGCAUUUACGCAAAAAAUUUGGCUACAAAUUAUAGAUCUGUUAUGGAGGAUUAUUUGACAAUUGAAAACAUAAAAGAGCGUGCUAUCAUGAGGAAACAUGCUUUUAUGGGAAGGACCCUCUGUUGUUUAGUUUUGGGCUUCGGUUGUUUUAGUUCCAUAAUGUAUGGACUAAACGCUAUUCUGAAUGAAUACAAGCAUGUCAACAUAACAAAGGAUACUAUGCUAGAAUAUCCAGUACCAUCGAAAUGCUUUAUGAGAUACUUAAAUGCACCUAGCCUAAUGGUGAUAUUGCCUUCCAUCGAACUCUUCACGGACUGCAAUAACGCCGAGCAGAACGUAGACAGCCUUAUGUUACUCUGUUGCGGAAUACUUGGUAUACUGAAGACAGUAUGGUUUCGCAUUCACGCAAGGAAUUUGACUAACAAUUACAGCUCUGCUCUGAAUGAUUAUUUCAUGAUUAAAAACGCAAAACAUCGGGCCAUUAUGCGAAAACAUGCUUCUACGGGAAGGAUUCUCUGCUGUAACGACUCUUUGUUUUUCAACAUUACGCUACACAUUUGCGGUCAAGUGGAAGUUUUGAAAGCCAAGUUUAUCGAUUUUGAUGUUACGAAGCCGCAAGUUUAUAAACGUUUCCUUACGCUAAUUAAAAGACACAGCUAUUUGAUAAGAUUGGCCAGAGAACUUGCUGAUACAAUUAGUUUUAUUUUACUAAUUCAAUUAUCUAUUAUCAGUUUACAAUUAUGCAUAAUGGGUUUUCAAUUUAUUCUAGCAUUGAAAUACAACGAUACUGCUAUGGCAGCAAAAAGUAUAAUGGUGCAGAGUACUUUUCUGUCACAAUUAACGCUAUAUAGUUUUGUCGGGGACUACCUAAAAUCUCAGAUGGAAGAAGUAGGACUUUGUAUUUAUCAAAAUACCUGGUAUGAUUUUCCCACAAAACUGACAAGAAACUUAAUUUUCAUCAUAAUGCGGUCAGAAUCUCCCGUCACAUUGCGAGCUGGACAUUUUAUUGUGGUAAAUUUAUCAACCUACAUGAGCAUCCUAAAAGCUUCUAUUACGUAUCUGUCUGUACUUCGAGUAAUGGUAGAAAUAUAA